AUGAAUUGGACAGGAGGAAAAAGGAAUAAGAUUAAAGUAAAAUUAGAACUUCAGAAGCAAAAGGAAUUCUUUAAUCGUCAACGCCUUAAGAAAGUGCACUCAUUUCUCAGUAUUGAACCAAGACUUACACGUGCUUUAUCCAGUAUCGAUGUUGUACGCCGUAGCGAAACUUUCAAUAACAAUUUAUCUGAUACAAAAGAACCUUCUGAUAUCGAUAUUGAGUUUCAACAUACUGAAAAAGGCACUGGCAAUAUUGACAAAUUUGAACUUGAUGAUGACAAUAUUGAUCGAGGUUUAAUUCUCAUACAUUCGUUAAAUUAUAUAUAA